AUGUACUCGAGCACCGAGCGCGAGGGCACGCGUCGCCGCUCUCAGGUCGACACCAUGGUCGAGGGCAUCGGCAUCACGCGCAUCACGGCCAACUUUGAGGCCGGCCGCGACCUCGUCGACGACGCCGUCCGCGUCACCGACGACCAGGCCUGCCGCAUGGCCCGCUGGCUCGUCGAGAAAGACGGCAUCUUCGUCGGCAGCAGCAGCGCCGUCAACUGCACCGCCGCCGUCGUCGAGGCCAUGAAGCUGCCCGAGGGCAGCCGCGUCGUGACCAUUCUAUGCGACUCGGGCACGCGGCACCUCAGCAAGUUUUGGAAGCACAUUGCCGAGAUGGGGCUGGAGGACCAAGAUGACAAGACGGAUCUCUUUUCGACGCUGGGGCUCACUGUGCAGUCGAUAGCAUCAACAUGA